GAUCAUAAGAGAUGCCAGAGAAAUUGUCUACCAAGUCCACCAAAUUUAGCGCAAAUUGAAGCUUUGAAGCUGAUGUAGGCUAGAAAUGGGUUAUAAUUCUGCUUGAUUGUAUGGACUUAUAAUUACAGUUGAAUGCUCUGCUUUCAGAACUUGUCUUGGUUAAUCAAAACACACACACACACAUGUGAAGAAGAAUAAAUCUUGAAGCUUGAAGUUAAUUUCGAGGUUAUAACUUUGGAGACGAGAAAUAUGGUUUCAACUAGAGAGCCAUUGCUAAUUAAUAAAUAUUGCAGACUAUGCCUCAAAGAAGACACGUGGGACAUGCCUCUGCCCCUCUGCCGAGAUAGCAUCAGGUCAACAAUCAAAUCUGUGUUGGGAAUUGAGGUCGAAGUAGGCGAACGGCUACCAAAUUCAAUAUGCCAUCGAUGCCUAUCAAACCUAGAUUUCUUCAGCAAUUUCAAAAAACAAGUAGAUACGUCUACCAGUUGGUUGAGAGAUUUCGGGUUGAUUGAAGCUGAACCAGCCGACACUGCAAAACCAGUAAAUACUGCUAAACGAAGAAGAAUAGGACCUAAAAGUCGGGUUCCUGGUCCAAUAGAAGAAGCCAACAAUGAAGUUGCAGCUGGAUCAAAGAAUCGUGCAACUAGAAGCUGUCCAUCUUGUGAUUUCAAAACCGGAAACCCAGUUGACUACAGGAAACACAGAGAAGAACACCGGAACAAAUCAGAAAACGAGAAUACGGAGAGAGACAACACCAGUGCGCCAUCAGAGGACAAUGAUGAAGAGAGAGAUAAUGGUGAGAAACAGGAGGACAAUAAUGAAUGGAAUGCCAAUGUAACGUACUUUCCAUGUUUGGAGUGUGACACGUAUUUGAUUUCAAGCCGGCAGAAACUUUUGGAACACAGAAUUGAGAAACACGGAUACAAGGUUGGCGGAACGGGGGUUGAAGAUUCUGGAGAGAAAGUGGGUGAUAAGACGAGGGAAGCAGAUGGAGGUGACAAGCAAAAUGAGAACAUUGAACCGAGGGAAAGUAGUGGAGAAACUGUUGGAAAUAAUGAAAGUAGUAAAAAUUAUGUUAAUGAUUGUAGAAUCAGUAGAAAUGAUGAACAGAAAGGUAGAAACGGUGAAAAUGGAAGUAUUAAAAUGGAAGUUGACAGUGCUCAAAAAAACGAUGACACCACUGGAGAAACAAGUAAAUCAGUAACCAAAGCACCAUCAGUUGUCUCAGUAUAUACCACUGAAGAAGAGCUUCCUAUGCCUAAGCUCAAGGCCAAGAAACAACUGUCAUCAAAGGAGGGAUCUGCACGCAGAACCCUCAGCCGAUCCAAAUCAAGAGACUUGGAUGAAGUUGAUAGUUCCACUGACUCUGACACAUCAAGCCAAGGUGUGAAUAUUCGUAGACGAAAGAAAUUCAAGUCUGCCCAAUUCGUUAGUACUGAUGAAAGUGAUGAUGCCAGAGAUAAGGUGCCAAAUCAGGGAGAUAAGGAAGAGCAUGAGGGUUCCGAGAAGAACCGAGAAUCUGAUGAGGAGAUCUUGUCAAUGAUCAACCACCAGAUGGAGACACUGAUCAACAGUUGCAAGAAGGCUGAUGCGGAAAGUGGGGAAACUGCUGAAAAACUCGUAGAUAAAACUGCUGAAGAUAAACAAUUGUUGGAUCGUGGGGAGAUGCCCAAGAAACAAUUAACAAAUAAAAGGGAAGUGUUGUGUGAUUUGUGCAAUAAAUUCUUUCCAUCGUUGUCAAUCCUGGCAAGUCACAAGCGUAGAUCGCACCAGCAGCCAUCCACCGAUAAGAAGACUGAAGAGAAGCCACCAGGUCAUGUCAGGGCAUCAACCUCAGAUGGUGGGGAUGUCAAGAGGUUACCUUAUGGCGGCCGUAUUGUCAAGAGGUCACAAAAUGUGGGCAGCAAAAAACCUGGAGAUGAAUCUGGUGAUAACCGAUCACAAAAUGACGACAGCAAUACACCACACAACUCUGCCAAAAGACCUCGAAAAGAAAGCAGUGAGCACAACGGAUUAAGAGUGUCAAACAUAAAACCUCAAGACAGUUUGAGACCACUGAAAGAUGGCAGUACUCCGACGAAACCACAGGAUGGUGACACAACUACUGUGAAUAGACAGCAGGAUGCCAGUAGUUCGGCAAAGUGGCCGGAAGAUGGCAGAGAUAGUGGUGGCCAAAAAGAGAUGGAUUUCAAACUGCCUUGUUGUAUUUGCGACAAGCUUUUUGCGACCGCUUCAGAGUUGGAAAGCCAUCGACGUGAGAGGCAUAAAUGCAAAGAAUCGCCGACCCCGCUGCCUAAUAAAGUGCCUUGCAAUCUGUGCGAUGAGAUGUUUCCUACGAUUGGUGCUCUCCUAAACCAUAAGUAUGACCACCAUAAAAAAGGUUCCACAAAAAGGUAAAUGUGACACUAGUUUCUGAGGCUUGAGUCAGGUCUGGAGUCUGGAGACUGGAAAAAAUCCAAAAAUUCAUUACUCCUGCAAUAUUGAGAAACGGCUCUCAAAAUUACUGGGAACGGUAUAGAAAUGGGUUCACUAGUAGAUAAAUGUAUCAAUAUUUUCUGAGGAACUCAUUCCAAAAACUAUUAUAAUAUUGUUACGUCUAUAAUAUCGGGGGAAGAAUCUUAAAAUACAGGGACAGAUGUAUAAAAAUGGUUCCACUUAAGAUAGGUAUGGCAAUAGUUUCUGAGGGAUCCAGUUCAACAAACCAAUUUUCCCUGAAUAAUUAAUAGGAGAGAAGCUCUCACAUCUUGUAUAAAAUUAUCAGACAACUCUUUGUCCAGUAUUAAGGAGCCUUUCUCCUCUUUUCCCCUCCAUUCUCCAAGAAACCGGUGAAUCAUAGUAUUAUAGUUCAUUCAAUGUUCAAAAAAUACAGUCAUUCUAAAUUUCUCAACAAUAACUAUAACUAGGGUUUUUCCUGCAGUGUUGAAAUCUAUCUUCCACCAUGAUUAGAUUAAAUAGUUGAAUCAAUUAUGAACUGAGCGGCAUAUAAAACAGAAAUUAGCGGCGUGAUGCAUUAUGAGUAGAAUUCACGUUUUAACAUUUAUCUGGUUUUAUCAAUUUCUAUGCCGUCGUCCAAGUAUUAAUUUUAAUUAUUUUCAUCGGUUGAAUUGUGAGGACGUUCAGAAGAUCCACCAAAACUAUCUAUAAAUAUCCAUUUGGAUUUUUUGAACGGUUAAUCAGGGUAUUACUGUAGUUUAUAUCUUUUUUAAUGGAACAAAUUGUAAGAAAAUUGAUAAGUUCCACCUAUUAUUGACUUGCUUUAACAAAUGUGCAAAUUACUAUUAGGAAAAGAGUUUCACUUGAUAAUAGAAUUAUUUCUAUGUUGUUUCAAGUUGGUCAUUUAUGUAAAAGUUAAUUUUCCAAUUGACUUGAAAGUUGAAACAUUUUCAUGAGAGAUCACUAAAAUUAUACACAAAAUUUUAUUGAAAUAAAUCAAGGAAAGUUAUUUGUGAAAUGUUGAAUAUUAUUAGUUACAUUUUAUAAAUUAUCUAAACUAUAACAUGGUUCUCAUGUAUUUUUUCCUGUACUUCUAAAAAUGGGCAGUAGGCCAUAAUGAUGUUUAGUUUAAUGAUGAUUCAUUUAGUCUAUUAGUUGUAUUAGUUACCGGUCUUACAAUAUUAAGUUUCUAUUGUGUUCAUCAAGGAGGAUAUUACUUUAGCAAUUAAACUCAUUUUAUUCUAUCUUACUUCACUCUAGUACCAUAAGGAAUAUGUAUUUUUUACUUUAGAAAUAUUUUUGUGUGUAAUAAGUUAAAUAAGAAUAUUGUAUUAUACGUUUUUUAAUUAUA